UUAUUACCUCAUUAUGCAGGUCCAGAGGUUGACGAGAUAUUUGAUACCCUGCCAAAUACUGGCGACAACAGUGAUUAUGCCACGGCGGUCGAAAAGCUGAAUGAAUACUUCUCGACACAGACGAAUAUAGCUUAUGAAGUAUUCAAAUUUCGUCAAACCAAGCAAAAAGACAGCGAAUCGUUGAAUAGCUAUAACGCAGGACUUCGUCAACUAGCCAAAACCUGUGAGUUCAGUAACAUUAACAAAGAGAUAAAAGAGCCUCUUAUCUUAACCUGCAGUUCUAAUUCACUAGGACGCCGAUCACUACGUGAAAAUCUUACACUUGAUGCCAUUUUAAAACUGGGAAGAGCCUUGGAACUUAGUGAAGAGCAAGCACGCCAAGAAGAAAAAGCGGUAGCGGACGUUAACGCAACAGAAACCAAAGGAAGCGAGCGACCUGGUCGCUCACGUAAGCGAAACGAACACUCCUCGCAGCCACGUUUCAGAAGAUCUCAGUCACGCAAUCGUCAAAACUAAAACAAGCGAAACAGCAAGCCCGGAAAAUGUGUUAAUUGCGGGGGAUAUGCUACUCAAAGGAAUCCAUGUCCAGCCCGAGGAAAAUCUUGUAACGCCUGCGGUAAAAUUGGACAUUUUGCUCAUGUUUGCAGAACAAACCCUUCUGCGGAAGAUGGAAAAGUCGCUUCUUUAGGAACUGACUAUUCAUCUGAAGACGAAUACGAGUUCGCGUACACAAUUAAUUACAUCGAAAGCAAGAAGCCACCGAUGUGCCAGGUACAAGUAAAUGGAAAAACUGUAGAGAUGAUGAUCGGCACAGGUGCAUCUGUUAACCCUUUAGAUGAAGCGACUUUUCAUUGA